GGACGACUAUGAUACUAACACGUUUGCAACAGAAACAGCAAUUCUACACAUGUUUUGCUCGUGGUUAUAACGAUGCAUACCUAUGCGAAGGGUGUUCCUUCGUAGCUAGUUGUGUUGAAGACGAACCGAGUGACAUGUUUGACGCUGAUUGCGGAUGCACUUGCUGCUGGUAUCAAUAUCUCUUCAACUACUGUUUCAAAAACUUGUGCACUGAUAUGGAUGAAUAUGUUCGUAUUAAGACCUAUCUUGAUGAGGUUUGUGAAGCUGCGCCACUGAAAGAGAAGUUACAGCCAUAUAUCGAAUCCUACGAAAAUUUCAGUCCGACAGAUAGAAUUACAAUGUUCUACUCUGAUGAGGGAGCUCUCUACCGCUCUUUGGAAGCUGACGAAAAGGAGGCCUUGUUUGGUUAUAUCUCCGACAUCUUUGAUUUUGAUACGCUCAGCUUUGCACCAGAGGCUUUAAAGAAGAGGUCUUUAGACUAUAACCACGGAAGGUCGAAGAGACAGAAGAUUCUGAAAGGAGAGAAGCUCAUUAUAUGGGGAAACCAAGAUGAGAGGAUCAAUUUCGCAUCUCUCAAUCCCGAGGAGUUUGAAGAUGUAGAGGAAACAGAUUUCAAAAGCAAAUACGAUGUUAGCGUUGAGGAGAUGAGUCAUGAACUGUUUGGUAUGAAGAAGCGUUCUGGUGAGUUUAAUACCAGAGACUUGAAGUCCAUAAUCACAACUGCUGUUUCUGCAUUUCUCACGGGGAAGAAGCCGGUCACAUCAGACCUUAUCCAAGAGGUCCAUCUUUAUUCACGUGGUGAUAUAAACGUGUUACUUAGUCUUCUAAAGGACUGUAUUCCAGGUGAGAAGUUGACGGUUUUUACAGACAUACUUUCAAAAGCUGCACAUAACUUUGAGUUACCAGUUAUCCCUGAAACGGAUUUAAUGACUCAGGUCGACCUGGAACCUAUGGGCCUUGAGUUGACAGAGUUUUUUGAUACAAAUGAUCUUCCUUAUUUGCGUUUUGAAGCUUGCCGCAUAGGGUUAAGUUGGAAAAAAAUAUCUGACUAUCCUGAAUGCAAUAUUGCUGGCUCUACAAAGUGUGGAUGCAUGUCCAUUCUUAUCGAAGAAAAGUGCUUUGAAGAGUAUUUGAAAGAUCAGGGAGCUCCAAUAUCUCAAGUCCAGGAGUAUUUCCAAAAUAGAAUCCAGCAUUUUUGUGGGAGUCAUGAGAAUGGUGAAAAUCAAGGGACAUUUCCUCAUCAUCUCUUGGAUGAUGAAGAACAGAUCGCAUGGGCUUUUUCCUUACUCAACCAUUUAAAAACAGUCGCAUCUAAGCUAAGAAUUUCUGAAGAUUUAGAUGAAUUUGAGGCCCAGUACUUAUUUGACAGUUCUGUUAAUCAGCUAAGUAGCAGUGACCAUGCAAAUGCGGCUGUUACCAUUGAUAAGUGUGAAUUAUCCCAAAAAGAUCUCAUAGAUUACAUGCUUCCUCAAAUGGAUGACUGUGAUAUCCGCGGAUUAUACAAGUGCAAGAACAAAAAUAAGAAGACAACAUGCAUUGGAACAGCAGUUGAUAAGAACCAGUGUAAUAAUGCAUGUUGCUUGGAAAUAGAAAUGGCUAGAUGUGCAGAAUCAUUUUGUGACACCAAAUGGCCAGUGAUUCAUUUCAUGAGGGCUGCCAAUCUUAUCUGUUUUGAGUACGCUGAUAAAUCUUUCAUGAAUGGUCAAUUACCAUUUCCGUCUAUUGGGCUUCCAAAUGAAGAGUCAACUGUAAGAGACGAAUGCCCGGAAGAUUCCAACAAUGAUGAUGAUGCUGAUGAUGACGAUAAUGAUGAUCACUUCAAUGAUGACUCCAAGGAGAAAGAUGAAGAUAACUAUAAUGAUAUUGAUGAUUGUAUUGAACCAGAAUGCGAUGAACAUCAUUUUUUAGAUGGAUUUGAUGACGAAACAAAUGAUGAAAAUAGCAAAACAGAGUUAACAUGGUCGUCUAUAAACAAUAUUUUGAAAAGAGCAACAGACUCUGAAGAUGACUACUACGACGUGAAAUCUCGCGUCGGAGAGCCUGUUUGUGAAAUUGAGCCGUUUGAUCCAGGAUUUGAUAAUACCUCUUGCGAUAAAAAGCAAGUGAAAACUUGCAUCAAAGAUGGAAUUCAAAUGUUGAAGGAUGAUCCAAGACACUUUUGCCCUUAUUGUCAAAAUGACAAUGCAUAUGACGAAUGCCGUUGUGCAUGCUGUUUUGGAAAGUACUUCAGUAAGGUCUGUUACGAUCCAAAUUGCGAGGAUGUGAGCGAAAGAUUGAGAUAUAAGCGUUAUGUCAGAGAAAUUUGCAAAGUCAGACCAGUAAAAGUCAAAGAAUAAAACUCAUACAAAAUUGCUUUGCUGAUGCUCUUUAAUACAUUAUAUUUUAGCUU